AUGGCAACAUUUCCGGCAGCCACUCUAUUCCUUCUCUUCAUUUCAACAUUUUCCCAACUCCAUUUCACUACUUCAAAGCUUUCCGGACUGACUCUCCAGCUCAUCCCCAGGGACUCUCCGGAGUCCCCACUGUACCCUGGAAACCUUACUCAACAUGAAAGACUCCAAAGAUUGAUCAGAUUCUCCGAUGCCAGGGUUGCCUAUUUGGAAGCGAUUUUUGCUCGAAAUGCAAAGUUUGCCCCUGAUGAGUCGAUUAUUAUUUCUGAGUAUCGUGAUGAUUUCUAUUACAUCGUGUACCUCGGGAUCGGAACCGCACCUGAAUAUAUGUUUUUGCUACUGGACACAGGUGGUGGCCUGAUUUGGUCACAGUGCCAACCUUGCAAGAAUUGCUACAGACAAAGCAUGCCCAUAUACGACCCCUUGGGAUCAUCGUCUUAUCGAAAACUUUCUUGCGAUCAUCCUCUUUGUGUAGGUGAUAAUAAUUUCUUCAAAUGUGUCGAUCAGAAGUGUGUAUAUGACGUUAGCUAUGGUGGUGGAGCUAGAACAAAAGGUGUUGCGUCCUGGGAAUCAUUCACAAUUGGAGCUGGAAAUAGAGUUUAUCUUGUUCAGAAUAUGCUCUUCGGGUGCUCUGAUGAUACUCACAAUCCUAAUUUCGAAAGAACUCAGCUUUCAGGAAUCAUGGGAUUCAGCUUGUCUCCAGAUUCACUACCUUCACAAUUAAUGGAUCAAAUCGGAGGACGAUUCUCAUAUUGCUUUCCCCCUUUCCUUGAGGACGGGAAUUUUCCCAGAUAUGUAAAAUUCGGAGAUGAGAUUCCUCAACUUCCCGGAAAUAUUCAAAGCACUAACUUUCAAAGACCUCCUCCCGGAUACUUCUACUAUUACUUGAAGCUGAUAGACAUAAGUGUUGGCUCACUCCGGUUAGACUUUGAGCCUGGUCUCUUUGACAUUAGGCCAGAUGGCAGCGGCGGGAUCUUCAUAGACUCUGGGACAUUGAUGUCAUCAAUUGAUCAGUUUACUAUUGGCCGCAAUGCGUAUGCUGACGUGAUGGGAGCAUUUCAGAAUUAUUAUGAUGGCCUCCGCCUUCAGAGGAUGGGCCAAGUUGGUGAAGGAUUUGAUCUUUGUUACAAGAACCCACCAUUGGAUUUUCCCGGUUUCACUACAUUAACCUAUCAUUUCGAAGGAGCUUCGUACUUUGUGGAAUGGAAAUAUCUGCAUUUUUUUAAUAUUAAGCAGGGAUACUUCUGUGUUUUCUUGAAGCCUGCAAAUGGGUUCAGUAUUUUGGGAUCCUGGUUUCAGCAAAACAAGCGAAUCAUUUAUGAUCUCAACCAUUUUUCCCUUCAAUUUUAUGAUGAAAAUUGUAAAGAUGAUCCUGCUCCAUGA